AUGGCAGCAGCCGAAGCGACAGCCUACUUUCAGAGCCUGGCUCCAACUGAGCCAGACCCCGUUGCCGUGACAGAAUCCUACAAGGACAAGGAUAAGCUAGCCUAUUACUUGUCCCAAGUCCCGUUUCGAACGUCGCGCCCCCUCAAAGUCAUCAUCUCAGGCUGUGGUAUGAGUGGUAUGGCCUUUGCGCACGAAGUAAACCAUGGGAAAAUCCUUCAAAACGUGGAUCUCACGAUUUAUGAGAAGAACGCCGGGAUCGGAGGGACCUGGUAUGAGAAUCGGUAUCCUGGCUGUGCAUGUGACCUUCCAGUGCACAACUAUCAAUUUGCCUGGGCUCCAUAUCCGUACUUCUCAAGCUACUAUGCGUCGAGUGCUGAGAUAUGUCAAUAUCUCAAUGAUGUGGCAGAUCAAUUCGAUCUUCGAAAGCACAUCCACACCUGUCACAAAGUUGUUGGUGCGAGGUGGGACGAGGAGCGCUCCAAGUGGACCGUGACCGUACAGCGUCUCAGCACAGACGAGCUUCCAUCGACGCACCCUGAUCAGGUCAAGAAUGGAGAUGCCAUAUUGUCCACAUUCGACGACGAGUGUGAUGUCUUCAUCAAUGCCACUGGUUUCGUCAAUGACUGGAAGUGGCCCGCUGUCCCAAAUAGAGAGAACUAUCAGGGCCGUAUCCUCCAUUCGGCCGCCUGGCCCAAAGAACACCAGUCCUUCAAAGGUGAGACCGUGGCUCUCAUUGGAAAUGGAAGCAGUGGUAUACAAAUAUUACCAGCCAUCCUAGAUGAGUGCGAAAAAGUCUAUGCGUUCAUUCGCAACCCUACAUGGAUCACAGCGGGUUUUGGGUCCAAAUAUGCUGGGCCCAACGGCGAUAACAUCAUAUUCACCGAGGAACAGAAAGAAUAUUGGGUCAACAAUCCCGAUAAGUACUACGAGUAUAGAAAGGGUGUAGAGAAUGAGCUGAACAACAGUUUCCGUAUUUACAUGAAGUAUAGUGCAGAACAGCAAGUCGCUAAAGACUUUGCCAUCAAACAGAUGACCGCAAAGUUGGCAAAGAAACCCGAGUUGUUGAAAAUGCUUCUCCCAGAGUUCGCUGUCGGGUGUAGGCGCGCAACGCCCGGUCUUGGCUACCUCGAAGCCCUGGCUUCCGACAAAGUGGAAUUGGUCUGGGGUGAGAUCGACUCCUUUGUCGAGGAGGGCUUGCGCUCUGCAUCUGGCAAAGUCGUGAAGGUGGACUCGAUAAUAUGUGCAACCGGCUUCAAUGUUGGAUUUGCACCUCGAUUUCCGGUGAUAGGUCGAAAUAACGUUGACCUUAGGGAGGAGUGGAAACAAAAUCCAAAGGCCUACCUAUCGGUGACAACAACAGAUAUGCCAAAUUACUUCGUCUACAACGGGCCUGCGAGCGCGAUCGGUCAUGGAAGCCUGGUUGGUUCGAUUCAAGUAAUCACUGGCUAUAUUACGGACUUGAUUCACAAACUGCAGACCGAAAACUAUGGAUCUGUCUGUCCCAAGCGUGAGGUGGUCGAUGCGUGGCAACAGCACUGCUUUGCGUGGCUACCGAAGACUUCAUGGAACACACCAUGUGCCAGUACUUAUAAAAAUGGCAAGAGGGAUGGCCUGUUAGUCUCUCUGCAUGCGGGAUCUCGACUGCAUUAUUUUGAACUUCUUCAGAGCCACAGAUACGAGGAUUUUGACUGGACGACACUUUCAAAGCUACCUGAGAUGAGAUUUGCGUGGCUGGCCAGUGGAUUUACCCAGGGAGAAGUGAAACGUCACCAAGCUAAAUUGAAAGGCGAAGAGGUCGAUGUAGAUCUUACAUGGUUCCUAAGACCAGCGGAUGCUUCAGCUCACAUCCGCCGCAGACACGACCAGGCCGAACUUCUUGCAGCUCAGCGCGUAGUGACCAACGCCGAUUCCAGUCAUUGA